AAUGCUGAGCUCAGUGUGCGUUUGGUCGUUCCGCGGGCGCCAGGGGGCCGAGGAGCAGCAGCCGCAACCGGCACCAACGCCGCAGCCGCUCGAGUCUCCGCCGCCGCCGCUGCAGAAGCAGUGCGCGCAACUCGGCCCCGCCGCGUCCCCGGCGGGUACCCCGCUUUCCUGCGGGCCCGGGGGCCGGCGCGCCGAGCCAUGCCCCGGGCUGCCGGCGGUGGCCAUGGGGCGGCACGGCGGCGGCGGCGGCGACAGCGGUAAGAUCGUGAUCAACGUGGGCGGCGUGCGCCAUGAGACGUACCGCUCCACGUUGCGCACCCUGCCGGGGACCCGGCUGGCCGGGCUGACUGAGCCCGAGGCGGCCGCGCGCUUCGACUACGAUCCGGGUACGGACGAGUUCUUCUUCGACCGCCACCCGGGCGUCUUCGCCUACGUGCUCAACUACUACCGCACCGGCAAGCUGCACUGCCCGGCCGACGUGUGCGGUCCGCUCUUUGAGGAGGAGCUAGGCUUCUGGGGCAUCGACGAGACGGACGUGGAGGCCUGCUGCUGGAUGACCUACCGCCAGCAUCGCGACGCAGAGGAGGCGCUCGACUCCUUCGAGGCCCCCGACUCCUCCGGCGCAGCCAACUCCGCCAACGCCGGAGGUGCCCACGAUGCAGGCCUGGACGACGAGGCUGGCGCCGGAGGCGGAGGGCUGGACGGAGCAGGCGGCGAGCUCAAGCGUCUGUGCUUCCAAGAUGCGGGCGGAGGCGCCGGGGGACCUGCCGGGGGCGCGGGCGGCGCGGGCGGCACGUGGUGGCGGCGCUGGCAGCCCCGCGUGUGGGCGCUUUUCGAGGACCCCUACUCGUCGCGGGCCGCCAGGUAUGUGGCCUUUGCCUCCCUGUUUUUCAUCCUCAUCUCCAUCACCACCUUCUGCCUGGAGACACACGAGGGCUUCAUCCACAUCAGCAACAAGACGGUGACGCAGGCCUCCCCAAUCCCUGGGGCUCCCCCAGAGAACAUCACCAAUGUGGAGGUGGAGACAGAACCCUUCUUGACCUACGUGGAAGGCGUGUGUGUGGUCUGGUUCACCUUUGAGUUUCUCAUGCGAGUCACCUUCUGCCCGGAUAAGGUGGAGUUCCUCAAGAGCAGUCUGAACAUCAUCGACUGUGUGGCCAUCUUGCCCUUCUACUUGGAGGUGGGCCUCUCAGGCCUCAGCUCCAAAGCUGCCAAGGACGUGCUGGGCUUCCUACGCGUCGUCCGCUUUGUUCGCAUCCUGCGGAUCUUCAAGCUGACCCGUCACUUUGUAGGCCUGCGUGUGCUGGGCCACACACUCCGGGCCAGCACCAAUGAGUUCUUGUUACUCAUCAUCUUCCUGGCUCUGGGGGUCCUCAUCUUUGCCACCAUGAUCUACUAUGCUGAGCGAAUUGGUGCCGACCCUGAUGACAUCCUGGGCUCCAACCACACCUACUUCAAGAACAUCCCCAUCGGCUUCUGGUGGGCUGUGGUUACCAUGACCACCCUGGGCUAUGGAGACAUGUAUCCUAAGACAUGGUCUGGGAUGCUGGUUGGGGCGCUGUGUGCCCUGGCUGGCGUGCUGACCAUUGCCAUGCCUGUGCCCGUCAUUGUCAACAACUUCGGCAUGUACUAUUCACUGGCUAUGGCCAAGCAGAAAUUGCCAAAGAAGAAAAACAAACACAUCCCCAGGCCUCCACAGCCUGGCUCACCCAACUACUGCAAGCCUGACCCCCCACCUCCACCCCCACCACACCCCCACCACGGCAGCGGUGGCAUCAGCCCACCACCGCCCAUCACCCCUCCUUCCAUGGGGGUGACUGUGGCUGGGGCCUACCCACCUGGACCCCACACACACCCUGGGCUGCUCAGGGGUGGUGCUGGGGGACUGGGCAUCAUGGGAUUGCCUCCUCUGCCAGCCCCUGGUGAGCCCUGCCCACUGGCUCAAGAAGAGGUGAUUGAAACCAACAGAGCAGGCAGUGACUUGGGUGUCCUGGAGGAAGGAGACCCCCGCCCCAAUGGGGACCCUGCAGCAGCUGCAUUGGCCCAUGAGGACUGCCCCGCUAUCGACCAGCCAGCCAUGUCUCCAGAAGACAAGAGCCCGAUCACCCCCGGAAGCCGGGGUCGCUACAGCCGGGACCGAGCUUGCUUCCUUGUCACUGACUACGCCCCUUCCCCUGAUGGCUCCAUCCGAAAAGCCACUGGUGCUCCCCCACUGCCCCCCCAUACUGGCGUAAGCCAGGCCCCCCAAGCUUCUUGGCCGACCUCAACGCCAACGCAGCGGCCUGGAUAUCCCCCUAGUGGACGAGCCCCCUUCCCCCUAGGCUCUUGUCACCGCCUGAGACCUCGCGAGACCCUCGGGUUUCCCCUGUCCCUUCCCCCCAGGUUACGAGAAGUCCCGCAGCCUGAGCAGCAUUGUGGGCCUGAGCGGGGUGUCCCUGCGCCUCGCGCCCCUCGCCACUCCCCCUGGCUCACCCCGGGCCACGCGCCGAGCUCCCCCCACCCUGCCCUCCAUCCUCUAGUGCUUCCCUCCCCCCUGUGGGGGGACUGGGGGUGAUCGGAAGAUCAAAAAGAGCUGGGAGUGGGGGGUGGGGAAAGGGUUCUUUUUAAAAAAAAGUCACUAAUAAUAUGCAAAAGAGAUGAUGCCAGCAGACACCCCCGGCCUCUCACUCCCCACAUACUAGAGCCCCCAGGAUAGAGGGGGCGGGGCCGGAGCCUGUGCUCCCCCACCUCUCCCUCUCCAAAAAAAAAAAAAAAAAAAAAGCAAACCUCAGGUCUCCAUGAGCCAUAGAACACCCCUCCCAUCGACUCCUGUAAAUAACUAAAAGCUGAUUCCAUCUUGGGGCACCCACCUCAGUUUGCAUGCCUCCCGGACCCCCUCUUCAGCAAUAAGCCGCCAGGAGCUGCGUGCAGAGAGUUGGAGGGAAGGCCGCUGGGAGCUUCUGGGGUCGGGGCUGGCAUUUUAGGGGUUUCCUGAUCACUCCCCAAAAGGGUGACCCACCCAUCACUAAUCGAUUCAGGAAAACCAAACAAAAAACCCUCUAGGAACAUGUAUGGAAAGGAAAGCAGGUUAAUCAGCCGCAGCCUUGAGGAGCUCAGCUGCGGGGUGGGGGUUCUGUCAGCUGCUCCCGGGCUUGGAGGACUCCAGCUGGUGCAUUCCACCCACGCCCGCCUCCAGGGAUCUGCUGCUCCCUCUAGUCACUGCAUGGACUUAGCCCUCCAGGCCCAGAACCCUCCACCCCACCCUGUCUCCACUCUAUCCCAGAACAUGAGACUAGCACCCUAAACUUCCGGAGAUUGACCCUGGCACCCUGCACUCCCAUCCCCGCGCACGCCGGCGCCCCACACUCCACACCUCCAUCAUUCCACUCAUCCACCACUGACCUGGCCUGCAUCGCAGUGUUCUUCCACCCUCCCAGACCCUUGUAUUCCUCAGCUCACUUUCAGCCUCCAGGACCUGACAGUCCUCAUGGCCCAAACAUUGCCCAGACACACCCAUAUACAUUAAGCUCACCCCCACACCCCACACCCCGACAGCUCCAACCUCCUGACAUCACACUCCUCAGUCCCAGGCGUCUCUGAUGCCAGACCUUCCUGAACAGGCUCAGCCUGUCUGAUUCCAGGGAGCUCCCACCCCAUCCAGCAUCUGUCUAGGCAGCCCCUUCCUCAAAGCCCCUUUCACCGAGAUGGUGCCAAAACACACAGUUUCCCAGAGUGUGAGACUCCUGUUCCCUGUUCCCUCUUCGUGUGCUGUAGUUUGCAGAGUGCACAAACGACCAAGUAGUUAAAACAUGGACGCGCCAGGCACAAGCGCAUACCUGGCUAGUGCGUCCUGGCAGCGCAGCAGUUGGGUGUUGACCUUGAAAGCAAGUUAAGGACAGUCAAGCACACAGCUUGCCUAAUGUGCUAAGGUCCCCGGGGUUCAAUCUCCGGCAACCCCUCUUCCCCUAAAACAGCCCCAAAGUGAUCAUAGAAGCUGUGGUCCACGUGGUAGGAAAAGAGGACAUGCCCACCUGGGCUAGGACCUCAGCCUGCCCUUCCCAGCGUUCCUUGUCCACCACGUGCCACGUUCGUGGUGGAAAACUUUCUCAAAUCCCAUCUUGGCUCCAGUAUGCUACCUCCCCCAAGCCCAGAGACCACACUGGUCCCAGAAUCCUAAACUCCCCUUUGGAGCAGGGUGGUCAGCAGAAUUAGCAAUCUCUCCCUUGUUCCCACAGCCUCAGGUUACCCUCCCACCGCCACCAGAGUGUCGGUGGGAGUGUCCUUGGGCCCAAUUCUUGAUGCAACGAUUCCUAUGCAAGGGGCAUUUUGAGUCCCCCGCCCCCAGCCUUCCCUUGGGACUUUAAACCCUGGUGAGACAGGGGUUGAGGGGUGGGGUGGGAUGUGGUAGGGGCAGGGUAAAGGGCUAGGGGACUCCAGACACCAGGGUAUGGGGUGAGGACUCCUAAUAUUGCCAAAGGGUUCAACUUCUUUAAAUAGCCCCUAUUAUCUCGCCCCCCCCCCCCAGGCUCCCGUCCCUCAAAAGAGACAAAUGGGACGGGGAAAAGGGGUAAGAGUCCUUUUUGAAGGAUACCAACCACUUCCCACUGUCUCUUCCUGCUCUCCAGCUUCCCACACGUAUUCAGCUUUUUAGUUAAGCUUUAAAAAAAAAAAGCUACCAUCAUUAUAAAUGUCUACAAAACGUGA